AUGUCAAGAGUAGCAAGAGCACAAUGUGCCAACUGUACCUGCUCGCCCGGCUUGUUAUCAAGAACUAAUAGGAAAUCUUCAGUAUUUGCUAAAAGGAUUAAUCUCAAUCGUAUCAACUCCGGUUACAAGGAUCCAAAUUCCCCUUCAAGGAAAGGGUCGGUAUUCACCUUGAAUCCUUCAUCCUUGUGUUUGCCGGAAGCUAAGGAAGUCAACACAACUAAGAGAUUGGAAAAAUUGAGAAAUGAAAUGAAACAAUAUGAUUUAGCUGUUUAUAUUGUACCAAGCGAAGAUCAGCACCAAUCGGAAUAUACUUCAGCAUACGAUCAAAAGAGAAGUUUUAUUAGCGGUUUUAGUGGAAGUGCCGGUAUUGCUAUUGUCACUAGAGACUUGAACAGUGUUGGACUUGGAGGAAAAGGAAACAGCAAUAAUGUUACUGCUGCUGCUGCUGCUGCUGAUGAUGAUGAUGAUAUUGUGCCCCAGGGGGGAAGUGCCGCAUUGUCUACCGAUGGAAGAUAUUUUACUCAAGCAUUGGACGAAAUGGACUUUAAUUGGACCUUGUUGAAACAAGGCGCAAAGGGUGAACCUACAUGGGAAAAAUGGACUGUUCAACAAGCUGCCCAAUUAAGUUUAGAUAGUGGCAGUACCGCCAAAAUUGGUGUUGAUCCGAAAUUAGUCACUUUUGAACAAGUAAAAAACUUGAAUAAAGUGAUAGAUGAACAGAAGUUGGAAACCCCAAAAGCGCAAGUUGAGUUGGUUGCAGUGAAUGAAAACUUGAUAAAUAAUAUAUGGGAAUCAUUUGAAACUUUGCCUGUAUCAAAUGCAGGUGAAAUCAAAGAAUUGGAUAUAACAUUUACCGGGAAAUCGGCAAAGGCCAAGAUUGAAGAAGUUAGAAAAGAAGUAUUUAAAGACUCCCGUAUCAAAGGAUUGGUUAUUACAGCAUUAGAUGAAAUCGCCUGGCUCUUAAACUUACGUGGACUGGAUAUUCCCUAUAACCCUGUUUUCUACAGUUUUAUUAUACUUACUCCAGAUACCAUAAAUCUUUACAUUGGAAAAGAACGGUUGUCGUCGAGAAUUACUGAAAACUUGGAAGCUAUUGAUAUUUCGAUUAAACCAUAUUCUGAUUUCUACAACGACUUGAACGUUAUAUCAAAAGACUUUGCAAAUUCAAAAAGCAAAUUCUUUAUCCCCAAGAAUGCCAACUGGGAAGUGAUUCGAAAUUUGAACUGUGCGUUUUCAGAAGGUUUAUCAACUAUAGAAUUACUAAAAUCACAAAAGAACGAAACUGAAUUGCAAGGAGCAAAAUUGGCCCAUUUGAAAGACGGAAGAGCAUUGAUUAAAUUCUUUGCAUGGCUUGAAGAUACCCUUAUUAAUGAACAAGAUAUCAUUGAUGAAAUUGCCGCAGAUGAAAAGCUUUUGGAGUUUAGGAAACAAGAAGAUAAUUUCGUGGGGUUGUCAUUUGACACCAUAAGUGCGAGCGGUGCAAAUGGUGCAGUUAUACACUACAAACCUGUGAAGGGCUCUGCUGCAAUGAUCAAUCCUCACAAAAUCUACUUGAACGAUUCAGGCUCACAAUUUUUAGAAGGAACCACAGAUACAACUAGAACUGUUCAUUUUGCUAAACCGUCACUGGAGCAAAUAAGAAAUUAUACAUUGGUAUUAAAAGGCAACAUUGCACUUGCAACAUUGAAAUUUCCUGAGGGGACUACGGGUAACUUGAUUGAUUCCAUUGCUAGACAAUUUCUUUGGAAAUACGGUUUAGACUAUGGCCACGGUACAUCACACGGGGUAGGGGCAUAUCUUAAUGUUCACGAAGGACCUAUUGGAAUUGGACGCAGACCAAACGCAGCAAAAAAUGAAUUGAAACCAGGAAACUUGAUUUCUAAUGAACCCGGCUUUUACAAAGAAGGAUCUUACGGAAUAAGAUUAGAAAAUGUAAUGCUUAUUAAACAAUCUGAUCAUUCAUUCAAUGGAAAGAAAUUUCUCCAGUUUGAAACUAUUACGAAAGUGCCGUUCUGUAAAAAAUUGAUUGAUGUAUGUUUAUUAACUGAUGAUGAAUUGAGUUGGUUAAAUAGAUAUCAUGCAGUGAUUUGGAAUGAAUUGAGUGGUAACUUUGAUAAGAACAGUAUGACUUACAAGUGGUUACGCAGAGAAACUGAACCCAUUUCCAGAUACUAA